AUGGCUCCCAGGCCUCCAGCUGAGUGCGCAAAAUGUGGGACAAAAACUAUGACAAUGUGUUUGGGCUGCUCCCAUGCACCCGAAUAUCAAAACGGCGAUUCAGCACUUGUUUUUUAUUGCAGCCACAACUGUCAGGCAAUGGACUGGCCAAAACACAAAUACUAUUGCAGGAACAUGCAACAGCGAAAGAUGCUACUCCGAGCUGCCCAGAUACUGAAGGCAGCCAUGUUGACAUACAGAGAGACCGUGUACGACGUGGACCUAACUAAGAUCGUGUAUCGAGAUGGAGUCCUCUAUCUCCAUCAAAAUCAAAGGUCUGUUUUGUCUCAAUCAAAACGCGGCCCCUUCCCAAGCCACAUGACCGACAACAUCGAGCACAAGGAAGCAGCCCUAGUUAAAAGCCAAUCUACAGCAGCCAUGGCCCUCUUGGGACCUUUGACCAGAAAACUUCUUCGAGGUGUGCCAUUGAAAAUUGAGACUAUGGUCGUCGAUAUCGGAAGACCACGGGUUCCAGCUAGGCUUGUCCCUGGCCCUGACUUGCAUGGCGGUCCGCACACGGUAUUGAAGAUAGCACGACUCGAGAGCAGCGAAAAAUGGAUCAUCGAUACGACAGGCUAUCAAUAUGGGUUCCGAGAUGUGCUUCUUCCAUUCGUCAGGUACUUGAUUGACACUAAAUGCCGGAUACUGAGGGGACCUCAGAUUUACGACGCAAACGAGACAGUGGAUUUGGACUACCUGUCAACUCUUCAUAUCUUCAGCGAAACAAAAGCACAACGGCAGGAUAUGCGACUAGAACGACUGACCCGUCACCACUUUGCCGUCUUCGUUUCUAUGAGCGUGCAUGAUAACUUCCUUGUGGGAUCAGGCGCCGACUUCAAGAGAAAGAUUGGUCGCUUCGUCAAUGACCUCAAAAUUCACAUGGUUGAUUCUAUAAGGAAAGCCGGUGACGAUUUUGGGGAUUCUGAUGAUGAUUAA